AUGAACGAGGCGGAAGAUGCAGCACCUGUGGUGGCAAGUACGAUCCUAGUAUCUAGACAGCUUGCGUUUACUUUAUUUGAUUCUAGAGUAACACAUUCUUCUGUAUCCUCUAGAUUUGCUAGAAAAAUUAGUGGUAAGCCUGUUAAGUUAGAGUCGGAGUUUUAUGUGGCCACCCCUUCCAGGGAGGUGUUGAAUUGCAAAGAGAUGCUAAAAGGUUAUGCGAUAACUAUAACGGGCAGGGAACUUGGAGCGGACUUCAUGGAUAUGUACAAUUUUGAUGUUAUACAAGGAAUGGAUUGGUUGUCCACUCAUUGUGUCUUGGUGAAUUGCUUUGCGAAGGAGGUUGUUUUCCAACCACCCAAAGAUGUUGAGUUUUGUUUUGUUGGUGCUAAAGUGCAAUCACUACCAAGGGUGAUAUCAUUCUUGCAGGAAAAAAAGGUGUGUGGGCUUCCUAGCCAGUGUGUUCGAGGCCAAGAAAGAAGGGAGUCAGAUGCAGGAUAUUCCAGUUGUUAA